GCCGCAGAUGAAACUUUGCUGUCAGCGAGUCACGAGGGAUCAUCAGAGGAAGUACUUCCUAGUGUCAGUGAAGAAACACUGUCGCAGGUUCAUGCAGAUGCUUCCGGAGAAUCACAACCUGUUGAGUUACCGGAAGUGAGUGGCUCGUCAGAAGAAGUUCCUCCUGUGUCCACGGAAGAACCUCAAGCAGCUGAAGGUGAAUCUCAUGAUGAAGCAUCCGCUGCUGUGGAGCCCACGACAGAAACAAGCAGCUCUGAAAUUCCAGUUUCAGAGUCUGAAGAAGACAAAUUGUCCCUGGUAGAAGGAGAACCCGCACUUUCAGUGGAAAACGCGUCAGGUGAAACAGAACAACUACCGGAAGCUGUUCCGGAAACGGAUCCAACAAUUUCCACAGAAAUCAGCCAGGAAACAUCAUUAGAAUCUCCUGCAUCCGCUGAAACCACACCUUCUCCGGAAGAACAACCGCUCGUAAUUGAAGCAGAAGCACCCAUUGAAGUCAUCAUCGACCCUGGACCACAGAUUGGAGAGCCCGCCUACGAAUACCCGAUUCCUUCCGGUUCAGAACAGGAUAUCCCCCGAGAUCGAACCCUGCUGGACGCCUUUGCUUCCGCUGCACCAACUUCCGCUUUCCUGGCUGCUGCAGAAAAAGCCAUCAAAGAGCUGAAAAGCGUGUACGAAAAGGCAGUGAAACCUCUGGAAACUGUCUACGAAUACGAAUCAAUCUCUUCCAGGGUGUUCGGUGAUGCGGAAAUCAGCGCGAAACCUCUGAUACUCCUCAUGGGACCAACAGGGACUGGAAAAACGAGUGCCAUCAAGUACCUCCUUGGCCUGGAUUCCGCGUCUGCGAUUCCUCGGAUACCCAUCGGUCCUGUGCCUGCUCAAAGUCAAUUCACUAUUUGGCGGCAUGCGGAGAAUCCGUCUGUGGAGAUGGGACCGGAAUUGGCAGCUGACGCCACUUUCACGACACUGCAAAAGUUCGGCUUGUCCGCCUUGGACAGGGUCACGGGGAUCCGACUGAAGGCACCUCUACUCGACAAGGUUGACCUAUAAUGAACCCAGUUGCAUUAACUGA